AUGAAUCGCUUCGUCUCACGGCCACUCUUGGGAUGGGUCCGAAAAGGAGUCGACGAGACACCACACAGGCGGUCGUACGCGACACUUUCAUCACCUACAACAGCUCCUUCUCGAAGUAGGAAGUAUGCUCGUCGGGUGGGCUACUUGAUUGCAGGAACAGGGGCCGUUUACACUCUGGAUAGGCUUUUCAAUGCCUCAGCUAUCACUCGAAACUGUAGAACGUUGUAUACGUGUGCCAUGAUAACGCUAGACUACAAAUUUAAUUUCACAGAGGAGAAGAGCGACCUCAUACCAGAAUUGCACCAACGCGUCGCAGAUAGAAUGUAUAAUUUAUUCACUUCUAAUGGAGGCUUGUAUAUCAAAAUCGGCCAGGCAAUUGGCGCCAAUGCCGCUUUUCUCCCUAUACCGAUGCAGCAGAAAUUCGCAAAGUUAUUUGAUGACGCUCCCCAGAUUCCAUAUUCAGAGGUUCUAUCAGUAUUCCAGUCCGAAUUUGGGAGACCUCCUGGCGGUCCGAACGGUGUCUUUGAGUUCUUCGACGAAAAUGCCAUAGCUAGUGCUAGUAUCGCCCAAGUGCAUAAAGCAAAGCUGUGGCCUGUGCAAGGGGAUACGCAGGAGCGCUGGGUCGCUGUCAAGGUGCAGAAACCCGCCGUUUCGAUACAAACAGAGUGGGAUCUCGGCGCAUAUCGGAUGGUCAUGUGGAUAUUUGAAAAUUGGGCAUUCGAUCUACCCGUCUAUUUUGUUGUCGACUUUGUCGCGGACCAUCUACGCCAGGAGCUGGACUUUAUUCGGGAAGCCCAUAACGCCAAACGAGCAGCCGCGUUGAUUGCUUCCGAACCUCGACUGUCCGACAAAGUGUACAUACCAAAAGUCUUCGAUGAUCUCACCACGAAGAAGGUUAUGACAGCGGAAUGGAUUGACGGUGUCCGGUUCAGUGAUCGGCAAGGCGUGUUCGACCUGAUGGGCGAGAAACCGUCGAGAGUGGGAGCGUAUAAGAUACCUUUAGCCGUCUCACCCACGGAGAUGCAUUCGGACUCGCCUCUUCCUCCUAAACCACUCCGAGGUGGUGUUAAGGCUAUCAUGCAGACAAUGAUCGAGCUCUUCAGCGCGCAGAUGUUCAGCUUCGGUGUAAUACAUUGCGAUCCACACCCGGGAAAUAUUCUCAUACGACAAAAUCCUGUCAAACCAGAUACACCCCAAUUGGUUUUACUUGACCACGGACUUUAUGUGACUGUCGGCGACGAGUUCAGAAAACAGUGGGCUGGUCUCUGGAAGUCGCUGUUACUCUCGGACUAUAAAGCUGUGGAGCAAACUGCAAGGAGUUGGGGCGUCGGUCUACCUGACUUGUUUGCCAGUGCGACUCUCAUGAGACCUGUCAGACUCAAGAAGGUGGACAAGGAGAAAUUCGCGCGCGAGAUCGAGGAGAUUAGUAGGAUGAGCCAGUAUGAGCAGAGCGUGAGGAUGAAAGCGAAGUUGAAGGAAUUUUUGAUCGAUACCGAUAGGCUGCCCAAAGCGUUGAUUUUCUUGAUGCGCAAUAUGCGUAUUGUGCAAGGCAACAAUCAAUCUAUGGGCGCUCCCGUUAAUCGUGUCAAAAUCACUGGGUACUGGGCUUCACGGUCAUUGACGUAUACUCGCGAUCUUCCCUUAAGGCAACGCAUAAAGGAAUACUGGAGCUAUGUUGCUUUCCGAAGUAUCAUGUUUUCCUUGGACGUCCUCUUCUGGGCCAUUCGAUUCCGACAGUGGUUCUGGCUAAAGCUUGGUCGAUAUUCUUCCAACUUUGAAGACGAGAUUGAGAAGUCGAUGCAAGUCUUUGCGAAAGGCAGUCUGGGGAUGGACGUCAAAGUAGGCGUGUUUCAGGGUUAA